CACUUGAUAAAGAUUUUCUUAUCCGUUGUCACGGCCGGGAGUAUUUUCAGUAUCGGUUUCCCUUCGGUGACAGAUAGCAGAGAUUCGCGUGUAUCCUGCUCACGGGAAAUAGUACCGUCGAGCAACGCGUAACGUGAGAAAUAAGGAAGAAAAACCGUGCAUGCCGCAUGAACAAUUACUUAGACGAUAGCGAGGUACUGCUGCAAGAGGAUCAAGUGUAACGAUCAAAUCGAUUUCAAUUUCGGUGGACGGUGUUGUGUCGCAAUUUUUUUUUUACUUGGCGACAGUGAGAACCGACUGAAUGUACAAUAAAUAUGAAGUGUGUGUUUCUUAUCGGAGUGUAAGUGUAAAAAUAAAAAAGAGAGAGAGAGAGAGAGAGGGUAGAGCGCUCGACCAAGUGGCACGUUUUCCUUCGUUGUUAAAACCAGGCGCGUCAUUUUGAACGUUAUCAACUCGACGAAAUGACUUUUGAUUACUAUUAUCAUGUCUUCGACGAACGCAGAGAUUCCAAGUACGAUAAAUGUAAUGGCUUCGCGAGAAAUUCGCUCUUCACCUGGUACGACAUCCUCGGUACCUAGCGACCACCGAGUCGUGAAGAUUAAUUCUGAAAAGAGUCUACAGGACAAACAUUUUGUUAGCAAUCGAGUCAUAUCGCACAAGUAUACGAUAUGGAACUUCAUUCCAAAAAAUUUCUUCGAGCAAUUCCGACGUGUGGCAAAUUUUUAUUUCCUGCUCACGACGAUAAUCGCCGUUGCAAUAGAAUCGCCAAUUUCGCCUAUAACCAGCGCCUUACCACUAGCGUUUGUCAUCUUGGUAACAGCAUGUAAACAGGGAUACGAAGAUUAUCUACGCUAUAAAACGGAUAAACGAGAUAAUCGGAGAUUAGUCAGUGUCAUCCGCAAUAAAUGUACGCAGGACAUAUAUUGCGAGCAAAUAAUGGUGGGCGAUCUUGUGAAGGUCUCUCGAGACGAGGAUGUGCCCUGCGAUAUCGUCCUUCUUUAUAGCGAGACACCGGGAUGUUGUUAUGUCACAACGUCCAAUCUCGACGGCGAAACAAACUUAAAGACGCUACAUGUCCCGAAGGUGGUCUCGACGAUGCCGCUUCCACAUAUCGUGGCGAUGCGAGCGUCGAUUACGUGCCAGCAACCCUUGGCGAAUCUUUACACCUUCCACGGCAAACUCGAGGUUAACGACGGCGAGACGACCAGCGGGCAUUUGUCAAUAGAGAAUCUUAUGCUGCGCGGAUCUAGGCUGAAAGACACCGAGUACGUGGUCGGCUGCGCGAUUUACACCGGGCAGGACACUAAAUUAUCGCUCAAUUCAAAGACAGUCAGCAAUAAAUUCUCCACCGCCGAGAGAUCUAUCAAUAAGUAUCUUAUUGUAUACGUCGUGAUACUACUGGCUGAAGUGUUGGUGUGUACAAUGCUCAAGCUGUACGAAGAAACCUACCAAGGAUGGGAGAGUUACCUAGGCCAGCAGCCUAAUAUCACGUUUUCCUCGCUAAUUAACGAUAUUCUGAGCUUUCUUAUCUUAUUCAAUUACAUCGUGCCGAUAUCAUUGUACGUCACCGUUGAAUUGCAAAAGUUUCUCGGCUCCGUUUUCUUCGGCUGGGACUUGGAUAUGUACGACAAGAGUAACGAUCAGCCGGCGCUCGCCAAUACGUCAGACUUGAACGAAGAGCUUGGCCAGGUCGAGUAUUUGUUCACCGACAAGACCGGCACGCUCACUGAAAAUCUGAUGGUGUUCAGGCGCUGCUCGAUCGACGGCAACAUGUACAUGGAGAAAAAUUGCGACGGAAGUCUGUACGUAUUGCCACCAAGCGGAAAGGAGGAGGAGGCCGUCAAACUGUCGUCGUGGGAGGGUGAAAUUUGGCACUUUAUGAUGAGCAUAUCGUUAUGCCAUAUGGUCCAAAUCGCGCCGCCGAGCCAACGUCCCGAGAUCAUAGCUAGACGCACUCUGUUCCGUGAGAGCUUCAGAUUGAAGACAAUCACGAGAGUCAACAGCUCGUUGAUGAUGCAUCCGGACUUGCCGGAGUAUCAGGCGGCGUCGGCAGACGAGAAGGCGUUGGUGGAAGCGAGUGCCAGGUGCGGCGUCGUUUUACAAAAGAAUACUAACGAGGAGAUGUACAUAAAGAUCAACGAGAGCAAUCUGGUCUUUGAGAAGCUGGAAAUAUUGGAGUUCAGCUCUGAACGCAAGAGGAUGUCAGUAAUAGUCAAAGACUCAUCGGGGGAUAUCUGGCUGUACUGCAAGGGUGCGGAUUCCGCUGUUCUGCCAUUGAUAGUUGAAGGAAAGGUGCAAGAGGCCGCUGUCCACGUCGCCGAUUUCUCUAUGAGAGGUCUGCGAACGCUGGUGGUGGCAUACAAAAAGAUGCGGUAUCCCGAGUACGAGAGCCUGAUGCAGAACAUCGAGCAGGCCAGACAGAUAAUCGGUACGGAGAGAGAGACUCGUAUAACGUACGCGUACAACCUUAUGGAGAGUGGGCUCACCUUACUCGGAGUAACUGCGGUAGAGGAUCGCCUGCAGGACCAGGUGCAAGAGACCUUGGAAUGCUUGCGAGUCGCUGGCAUCAAAAUAUGGGUGCUUACUGGAGAUAAGGCAGAGACUGCGGAGAAUAUCGCUUUCUUGUGCGGUCAUUUCAAGAAAGGUACUGAAGUUCUAAGACUGAUGGAUGAGACUUCAGGGCAAACUUGCUUCCUGAUUCUUACAACUUUCGAACGAAAAGUAAAAUUGGAACCAUACAAGCAGUACGGAUUGAUAAUAGACGGUGUCAGUAUAGCGGCGACGUUACGAAAUUGUCCACAAUUAUUUAAAUCCGUCGGAAUGACCUGUGAAGCGGUUGUCUGUUGCAGGCUGACGCCCUUGCAAAAGAGCGAGAUUGUGCAUCUGAUAAAAACGGCACGAAACCGUCCGCAUACCGCAGCCAUCGGUGACGGUGGUAACGACGUCUCGAUGAUACAGGAAGCACACGUGGGUAUCGGAAUACUCGGGAAGGAGGGCCGCCAAGCAUCGAUGUCCGCCGACUUCGCCUUCACCAAGUUCAAGUAUCUGAGAAAAGCAUUGCUGGUGCACGGACACUGGUAUUACCUGCGCAUCAGCAUCUUGAUGCAGUUUUUCUUCUACAAGAACGUGGUAUUCAUAACGCCGCAGGUGUUGUUCAGCAUACAUAAUGGUUUCUCCACGCAGGAACUUUACGAUGGUAUGUUUCUAAUGAGUUUCAACUUAGUAUUCACGUCGCUUCCGGUAUUGAUAUACGGAUUAUUGGAACAGAAUUACGAUGCGACGAAACUCAUGAAGAAUCCAUAUUUGUAUAAACUGAAUAGAAACAAUUAUUUGAUGUCAAGACAUCAAUUCGUAGCGUGGAUGAUUCUAGGAUUAUGGCAUGCAUGCGUGACGUAUUUUACCGUAUUUGCUGUUACGUAUAUCAAUCCUACAUAUCUGUCCGAUAACACGGCGGUUGACCAUUGGACUUACAGCACAUGCAUUUUUCAUAUAGUCACUUUGCUAGCAAAUCUGCAGAUACUAUUACGCAGUUUAUACUGGACAAUCCCACUCGUUCUAAGCGUAGUGCUGUCUGAAGUAGUAUUUUUCAUAAGCAGUUUUUGCUAUUCAAUCAUAAAUCUGAAAUACGAUGGCGAUAUGUACGGGGUCUUUCAAAAAUUAUUAGAAUCGCCCACGUUCUGGUUACUCACUCUAUUUAUCAUCGUUACUUGCUUAACACCUGAUUGUUUAUGGAUGAUGUAUAACGUUACGUACAGGCCAGUGAAGAUCCUUCGUAAAAACGAGGAGCCUCCGCAAAUUAUCAGUUGCAGUGAUGACGGCAGCGAAUAUUCGUGGCAAACGGGACGUCGCGUAUUUCCGUGGAGAGGUAGCCUUUCAUUGCAGAAAACUAAAUAAUACAUUGGGAAAGCAGCCACUUAAGCGCUUCAGUAUUAUCCAUGGGAAUGAAGAUGUGAUUAUCUGGGAUAGUAUCUCAUUUGAAGUCACUGAAACGAUUGGCUGUAUCGUAUCAUUAAAUAAGUGUAAUUGUUUAUUAACAUGGUAAAAUCAGUCAAGACUUUGCUACUAAUUAAUUACCAUUGAAGUACUUUUUUAUAAGCCUUAAAUAAGCCUGAAGAUGAUCAUUUAUAUGCCAGAUUAUUUUCUACAAUGCAAUAUUUAGAAAAAUAUAUAUAUAGCAAAAUAUUACUAUUAAUAAUACAAGAGAGAGAAAUGUUUUAGCGUGGAUGUUAAGCUAUGCAUGAUCCUCGCAAAUUGUUACAGUCUAUAGUGCAAUACUAGUCGUUAAAAUUAAUUUCUGUACAAAGAUAGAUAGUUAUCCAUUGUGAUAGCAUAGACAUAAACGAAUGCAAUGUAAGUAUGUGUCUGUUUGCAAGUGCAAUCAUGAUCGUAAUUAUAAUCAUUCAUUAAUUUAUGUCACACAAUUGUCUGCAAGUUUACUGAAUACAUGACACAUUCAACAAAACCAACAGUACAAUAAAUAUUAGCAAAUUUUAUCAAGAGAGAGAGAGGGAGAGAGAGAGAGAGAGAGAGAGAGAG